AUGUCUAUGAUUUCCGCUUGGAUCACUGAUCUAUUCGCUUGCAUGGGUGGUUGUUUUGGAUGCUGUGUGAAACCCACACCAAUUAUUGCUGUCGAUGAGCCCGCCAAAGGACUAAGAAUUCAGGGGCAAAGUAUGAGAAAACCAACCACUUCGGAUGGAUUUUGGAGUUCAAGUCCUUGUGAUUUGGAUAACAGCACCAUUCAAUCUCAACGGAGUAUAUCUUCUGUCAGUACAUUAAAUCAAAUUCUCUAUCAAAGCAAUGGAACUCCUACUGCAGGCACCGAUCCUGAAUUCGUAAACCAAGGCAAGUCUUAUUUUGGUAUUUUUUUCUUCCUAGCAAUCAAUAUCGGAAUGCUAAUCUAUAGUUUUAGCAUAACACAUGAACCUUUUGUAUUUAUGCAUAAGAAAUCCCUUUGGACCAAGAUAGGAGGGGGAAACUUGACAAGUCGGGGAUCAAACCACCAAUCCCAUCCGGUCCAGUCAUGUGACCAAGGUCUUGUUCUUUGGAACGAAAGCAGGCAACAGUGGGUUGGGCGCAGCCUAUCUGAGAAGCAAAAGCAAGAAAAACAAGAAUCUCGACUAAAUCGGAACGCUACUUAUGAAAGUUUGCUUGGGACUAGACAACCUUUCCCAAAGUCCGUACCUUUAUCUGAAAUGGUUGAAUUCCUAGUGGAUGUUUGGGAGCGUGAAGGAAUGUACGGUUGA